GAGAGAGGGAGAGGAGACCUUAGGCGUCGAGCAAGCAGGUCUCAUGUACGGAUCUAGAGGAGGAUUAUUAUUAUUAUAGGAACAGGAUCUGGAAUGAUCCAUGAGCUACUACUGUCCCCUCUGUAGUGUCAUUGUUCGUUUAGGUUGGGUUUUUAUUUGUUUCAUGUUGUUGUAUAAUUAUAAAGAGCGAAGAAAUAGAUAUAUAUAUUCCUUCCUUAAGUCCCAUAGAGAAAGGCAAGUGUGGGUUGGGUCUGGUAAAUAUUAACUGGUUGAGUUGGGGGAUCUUUUUUCCGGGUUUCUUGUUUGAUAAUUGAAGGGCCAUGUUUGGGAGCGGGGGGUACGAGGUUGGAUCAAAGAGACAAAGAAUGAUGCAAUCCAAUCCCUACUUGGCAGUUGGCAGCGGAGCUACCAGCUUUCCACCUUUCGGAUAUGGUGGCGGAUUCCCAGUUGUUCGCCUCAGGGGUCUUCCUUUCAACUGCUCUGACUUUGACAUCUUCAAGUUCUUUGCUGGCCUCGACAUUGUCGAUGUUUUGCUCGUCACCAAAAACGGCAAAUUCUCCGGCGAGGCCUUUGUCCUGUUUUCCGGGCCUAUGCAAGUGGAGAUUGCUCUACAGAGGGACAGGCAGAAUAUGGGCAGGAGAUACGUGGAAGUUUUCCGCUGCUAUAAGCAGGAUUACUACUAUGCCGUGGCUGCUGAGGAGGGAACCUAUGAGUACGAUUUCCGUGUUAGCCCACCUCCCGCCGGGCCAUCCAGAGCAAAGAAGUUUACUGAGAAAGAGAAGCUUGAGUACACAGAGGUUUUGAAGAUGCGAGGCCUCCCUUACUCUGUCAACAAGCCUCAGAUCAUUGACUUUUUCAGCGGGUUCAAGGUUAUUGAAGGACAUGUACAGGUUGUGUGUCGACCCGAUGGGAAGGCCACGGGGGAGGCAUUUGUAGAGUUUGAGACGGUGGAGGAGGCAAGGCGGGCAAUGGUUAAGGACAAAAUGUCUAUUGGGUCAAGGUAUGUGGAGUUGUUUCCAACUACUCGUGAAGAGGCUCGAAGGGCUGAGUCCAGGUCUAGGCAAUGACUCUGUUCUUCACUAUGUAUCAUUAUAUAUCCUUUGGACUAAUUUUGUUAGGUUAAACCCAAAAUGUCCAUUUGUGGAAUCAUAGGAAUGUAUGACCCCGUCUGAGUUCAGUUUCUGCCUUGUGUUCAUGAUUCGUUUCCAGUUACUGUUAAAAAUUAGUGACAUUAUUCGAAUAAAUAUGUAGCUUGAA